AAUUAAUUAGAUUCAAUUGGAUUAUUCAAAGUGAACCAAUAUCAAAAGUGAAUCGAAUUGGCAACAACAAAUAUUGAAUUGAAUUGAAAGGUUGUUAAAAUGAAUUGUCACACCAAAACAUACGUCACGUUUGAGGAGGUAUUUCCUCUGCAGCCUGAGGGGGCGCCACUCUUUUCUAAACUUCAGGACUCACACAGAUGGGAGGUUUUCUGACAGUGGCAGUCCAGCCCCUCCCAGCCAUGUAUGACAGCAGCUGUAAAGGAAGAUGAAGGGAAGUUCUUCAGCAGGAAUGCAGCCUGCAGGCCCUCACAGGCCUUCCUGCAGUCAUGCGAGCAGAAAGCAACCCUGCAGCUGUCCGUCUGACAAAACAACAUGAGAGGAUACAGAGGCAUCAAGUACACCCUCUUCAUCUUCUGCUACUUCUUCUGGGUUGUGAGCGCUGUCCUGAUUGCCGUGGGGAUCUAUGCUAAAAUUGCCAAAGAGAAAGAUGUUGUGGACACGCUGAUGGUGGAUCCCGCCCUGCUGUUGAUCAUUGUGGGAUCAGUGAUGUUCGUCAUCACCUUCCUGGGAUGUUUCGGAGCGCUGCGUAACGCCACAUGUCUUCUGAAGACGUUCCUGGUGAUCCUGGCAGUGAUCUUCAUCUUGCAGAUUGCAGCUGGAGUCGUUGGCUACCUCUUUACUGACAUGGUGAUGGAGAGAACAGAGAAGCUGAUGAUGACGGCCAUCGUUCGCUACAGGGAGGAUCGAGACCUGGAGAACGCCAUUGACUUUGUCCAGAAGAAGUUCCAGUGCUGUGGCGUGGAGGGCUACAAAGACUGGUCACAGAACCCCUACUUUAAUUGUUCGGACACCAACCCCAGUCUGGAGGCCUGUGGAGUUCCCUUCUCCUGUUGCAUUCACCUAAAGAACCAGACUGUGCACAACACCAUGUGUGGGUAUGGGAUGCAGAGGGAGAAGGAAGGUUUGGCCCGUAACAACAUUUUCACUCUUGGCUGUUUGGAAAAGAUCCUCUUGUGGGCCAAGAACAACCUGCGUCUGGUGGGCGGGCUGACUGCCGGCCUGCUGCUGCUUGAGGUGUGCAUGAUGUCAUUGGCUAUUGCUCAGACUUCCUGGAUCAAGAAAGUUCAGAAGAAAACAGAUGACAAGACAGCUGAGAGAAAAUCGGGGAGGAAGGAAAGCUAUGAGUUCCCUGAUUUUCCAGGUUUCGAGUGACAGAACUCUGGGACCUGAAUGUGGGAUCCCGGAUGAGUCAAGGACCGGCCCACAUCUGGAAUUUACUAUAUUAUUCCCACAAUCUGGUUUAAAGAAAAAGAAAGUCUGCUUGAAUUUUAGCCUAGAAAGUUUGUUUAAAAGCCAUUGUUGCAAAUGUGAUGUUGGUGUGUUGCUGGCAUGUUUCUGUGAAGUUUUGUAUAUAUGUAAUGACUAAUAGUGCAUGCAGCAGAUUUCUCUGUUGGAUAACUGUGACCUCAGCUGAUAUAGGCUGCAGCUUCUCUGAUCAUAAAGAUGUUAUGUGUGUUAUUUCCUCCCACUGUGUUCCCCCUCUCUAUAAUUCAUGGACAGAUAGUCCACAGAUUUCCGCUGAAGUGAAUCACCCCAGAGUUAAUCUGCAAGCAAACAGACACCCUUGAUCUAAAGAGGACAAGAUUUCUCUCGUUUGUAUCUGAACCAGAGUUCAGGUGAGGUUUUACACCUGCCAAACCAGGAGGACCAUGAGAGGAAACCAGUGCUGAACCAAACAUGCCAGAGCAAACGACAGCACAUAAAAGUUUUACAUUAUCUGAAACAAUGUGCAUUCUGGUUAAAAAUCAAAGUUGUAUAGCUCUAUUCCUAUGAAAGAUCCAGUACUUUUGGUUACUACGCUCCACAGAUGUAACAGUUCCUCAAAUGACCACUGGGGCCUGGUUUCAAAGGGAAAUAUUUUAUAUUAAUGCUCUUGUCUAGGGUUGUGGAAUCACUUGUCUCAGCUAACAUACCAUUGGUAUGUAUUACUUACUGGACAAAACAAGGUGUUGACGUCACCCAUAGAAAAUGCCUUACCUCCGGCCAAAGCCAGUCACCGUGGCUUCCUGUUUGUCACCGUGGCCAUUUUGUAUCUGUAACCUGUGCACAACCAUGAGAAAUUUUUAAUUUUGUCUGUUUCUGUAAACUCUUGUAGCUGAUUUUAAUGUGUGUUAAACAGCUGCAGCAGCAGUGUCGUGCUGUUUUGAUAAACUAUGGAAUAAGAAAUGUCAGGUAGUAAAGCCUUUUGCAAAAAAAAAAAGAAAACAGUUUUAACUUGUAAAAAAAAAGUAAAGGGCUACUAUUUGAUUAAAUAUUUAUUUCCUUGUUGAGUGGACACCUUAUAAGCAGGUCAAUAUUGUUUAAUGCGUUUAAGAGUGACAGCUUGUCAGCUGCCACCCAAAGUUCGGCUCAGUCAACUGAGAGGUACGAGAUAAAAUUAUGAGACAAAAUGAAUCCACCAUGUCAAAAGGCGCUCCGGCGCUCGAUUUCAUUUUAUAAAAUUAAAGCUUUGGCGACCCACGAGAUUUGAUUCGUGACUCAUGAGAUCUGAGCUACGAGACGUGAGUCAGGAGACUCCCGGGAGUAGGUUGUCGCUGUUUGCAGUGCCAGCCUCUGCUGCCUGGAAAUAAGUCAAAGAAUCUAUACUUUUCUUCAUAGAUAUAAAAUUUGUCUGAAUAUAUUCUACAUUUUUUUAACAUUUGAUUGGAGGUGACUAAAAAAACUGUGGUUAAUUGUAAUUUAAUUUUUCAGUGGAAAAUCUUGAAGCCGCCAUCUUGGAUACUAUUUCUCCCUCUGUCAUGUGAUUGAAAAGUAUCAGUAAAAGAGUAAAUCCCUGUUGUUCUUCCCUCACUCUUUAAACCAUUGUUGUGGCUUUAAUCUGCAGUGGAUUAGCAGCAGAGGCACCUGCAGCUGCGUGCCGUUGUCAGGAUCGGGUCUCGUCACGUGCGCGCUCACAUUCACCUGAUUGGAUUAAUUACUGGAGGGAGGGAUGGGGCAGGAAAAAAAGCUGCUGUACUUUUAGUUUCAGAUGUAACUUUCCUUUAAAGAGAUGAUGUUGUUUCAUUUUUCAUUUUAAAUUUACAAAAAAAAAAAA